CUCCGUCCCCGAAUGGAGAGUGUUCUUUUUUCUCAUCUAUUGAAUCCCAGAGAUCGCCGUGUCCCGCGGCCUGAGGAAGAGCGCUCAGAAUGCUACAACCACCGAGCCAUCGACAUAGCCAUUGUAUUUAUGGAAAGCAUCAUCUCCGCUUUGUGUUUUGAUAUCAGCAGCUUUUAGAAAAACUGUGAACGUGGGAAUAGUUGGAGACCUCCGGAUCGCGAAAUGUUGGAAUGGAAGGCGCAGACUCUGACUCGCCGUCCCAAACAGGAGUAUGAAGUACUUUGUGGAUCUGAGAUCACCAAGAGAGAAACUUUGUUUCCUUUGGAUAUCCAAAAACGCUUGCGGGACAAUAUAAUAACGUGGUUAACAAACAGCAAAGCGCAGGUUCUGCAACAUGGCCUCGGCUGUUAAUGUCUCCUCUGAGCAGGAAAACAGGGACCCCGAUCGGCCGAGGUUAACACGGAGAAAUAGGGGGAUCUACCAUACAACUACAUUGGAUUUGGAAUAUUUGCAACGACCGAGUUACUGUGAUGCAGCUUUUGCGUUGGAGCAAAUAUCCCAGGGGAGGGCGACUGGAAGAAAAGCACCGCUAUGGCUGAGAGCAAAGUUUCAAAGACUUUUGUUUAAACUGGGGUGUUAUAUACAACAGAACUGUGGAAAGUUUUUAGUUGUCGGCCUCUUAAUAUUUGGAGCUUUCGCUGUUGGCUUGAAGGCAGCUAAUCUAGAAACCGACGUGGAGAAACUCUGGGUAGAAGAUGGGGGCAGGGUGAACGAGGAGCUAAAGUACACACGGCAGAAGAUCGGGGAGGAGGCCAUGUUCAACCCGCAGCUCAUGAUCCAGACGCCGCGCGAGCAAGGCGCCAACGUCCUGACUCUGGAGGCACUGAGACAGCACCACGACUCCGCCCUCAAGGCCAGCCAGGUGCAGGUCUACAUGUACAACAGGCAAUGGAAUUUAGAACAUUUGUGUUACAAAUCAGCAGAAAUUGUGCCCGAAAACAAUCUGUUUGCUCGGAUAUUCGAAAAUCUUCACCCCUGCCUCAUCAUCACGCCAUUGGACUGCUUUUGGGAAGGUGCGAAGCUACAGCUGGGCUAUGUAUAUCUCCCCGGGAAAGGAGCACCAACUCAGUGGACCAACUUAAACCCAAUGGAGUUCCUGGCUGAGCUGAAGCCCAUGAACAUAGAUGUGGACAGCUGGGUAGAGCUGCUGGAGAACGCCGGCGUGGGCCAGGGCUACAUGGACCGGCCGUGCCUGAAUCCCAAAGACCCCGACUGUCCCCCCUCUGCACCCAACAAGAACGACUCACAGGCCCUCAACCUCGACAUUGGCCACAUCCUCGCAGGUGGGUGUCACGGCAUCUCCAAGAACUACAUGCACUGGCAGGAGGAGCUCAUCAUCGGAGGGACCAUCAAGAACGGAAGUGGAAAACUGCUAAGUGCCCAAGCCCUGCAGACCAUGUUUCAGCUGAUGACCCCUAAGCAGAUGUACGAACACUGGAAGGACCGGCACGGAAUCGAGGCCCUGAACUGGAAUAAGGACAAAGCAGCCGCCAUCUUGGAAGCCUGGCAAAGGAGAUACUCUGAGGCUGUUCAGCAGAGUGUCCCCGUCAACUCCUCCCAGAAAGUGCUCACCUUCACCACCACCACCCUCGAGGACAUCCUCAAGUCCUUCUCCGAUGUCAGCGUCAUCCGCAUCGCCAGCGGCUACCUGCUAAUGUUGGCCUAUGCCUGCCUGACCAUGCUGCGCUGGGACUGUGCCAAGUCCCAGGGUGCCGUGGGGCUGGCGGGUGUCCUGCUCGUCACCCUGUCCGUGGCAGCAGGGCUGGGCCUGUGUUCUCUCAUCGGGAUCUCCUUCAACGCCGCCACCACUCAGGUGUUGCCAUUUCUGGCUCUGGGCGUGGGUGUGGAUGAUGUCUUUCUCCUGGCCCAUGCCUUCAGCGAGACUGGGCAGAACAAGAGGAUCCCAUUCGAGGACCGCACUGGCGAGUGCCUGAAGAGGACAGGUGCCAGCGUGGCUCUCACCUCCAUCAGCAAUGUCACCGCCUUCUUCAUGGCGGCACUCAUCCCCAUCCCAGCUCUCCGCGCCUUCUCGCUACAGGCGGCAGUGGUGGUGGUGUUUAACUUCGCCAUGGUGCUACUGAUCUUCCCCGCCAUCCUCAGCAUGGACCUGUACCGCCGAGAGGACCGCCGCUUCGACAUCUUCUGCUGCUUCGUCAGCCCAUGUGCCAACCGGGUGAUCCAGAUCGAGCCGCAGGCCUACGUGGAUGGCUCGGACGGCAGUCGCUACAGCCCGCCGCCACCCUCCUUCGGCAGCCCGCCGCCGUCCUACAGCAGCCCGCCGCCAUCCUACAGCAGCCACAGCUUCGCGCAGCAGACGCAGAUCACCAUGCGCUCCACCGUGCAGCUGCGCACCGAGUACGACCCGCGCACGCAGGCCUACUACACCACGGCCGAGCCGCACUCGCAGAUCCACGUGCAGCCUUUCGCCCCGGCGCCAGCCCCCGCGCCCGCACCCGCCACUAACGUCAACAACAACAACAACAACAACACCGGCGCCCAUCACAACUACAACAACAGCAGCGCUGCCAACCGGGCGGCCAGCAGCAGCGGCAUCGGCACCAACGCCCCCACCGCGCCCAGCGGCGCGCCCCUGUCCACCUCGUAUGCGGGGGCGCCCGCCGAUCCCGCCUUCCCUUCCUCCUCCUCACCCUGCCAGACCCCAGCGAGCGCCAGCUCCACGCGGGACCUGCUGUCCAACUUAUCCGAGCUGGCGGGCGGCAGCCGGGGCCACGUGCACCACUCCUGCCCCGAGCCGCCCUGCUGGCGGUGGAGCUUCGCCUCGUUCGCCGAGAGACACUACGCCCCCUUCCUGCUGCAGCCCACCACGAAGGUGGUGGUGAUCAUUCUGUUCCUGGGCCUGUUGGGCGUGAGCCUGUACGGCACCACAUGCGUCCGCGACGGCCUGGAGCUCACCGACAUCGUGCCGCGCGAGACCAGCGAGUACGACUUCCUGGGCGCCCAGUUCAAGUACUUCUCCUUCUACAACAUGUACGUGGUGACGCAGCGGGCCGACUACCCGCGCGUGCAGGGGCUCCUGUAUGACCUGCACAGCCGCUUCGAGUCGGUCAAGUACGUGCUGCGCGAGGACGAUGGCCAGCUGCCACGCAUGUGGCUGCACCUGUUCCGCGACUGGCUGCAAGGUCUACAGCAAGCGUUCGACCGUGACUGGGAGACAGGCCGGAUCACGCGCGCCGACUUCAGGAACGGCACCGAUGACGGCAUCUUGGCCUACAAACUGCUGAUCCAGACUGGAAGGAGAGACAAACCCAUCAACCACAACCAGCUGACCCGGCAGCGGCUCGUGGACGCAGAGGGCAUCAUCAACCCCAGCUGCUUCUACAUCUACCUGUCGGCCUGGGUCACCAACGACCCCAUGGCCUACGCCGCCUCCCAGGCCAACAUCCGCCCCCAGCCGCCGGAGUGGUUCCACGACAGGACCCAAUCCCUCUCCGACGACUGCUUCAGCAUUCCUGCCGCUGAACCUAUCGAAUACGCACAGUUCCCAUUCUACCUCAACGGCCUCCGAGAGACGGCGCAGUUCGUGGAAGCCAUCGAGAGCGUCCGGGCCAUCUGCGGCAACUACAGCCGCCAGGGCCUCCCCAGCUACCCCAACGGCUACCCGUUCCUGUUCUGGGAGCAGUACGUCAGCCUGCGCCACUGGCUGCUGCUCUCCAUCAGUGUGGUGCUGGCCUGCACCUUUCUGGUGUGCGCCGUCUUCCUCCUCAACCCCUGGACCGCCGGCAUCAUUGUGUUGGUUCUGGCGCUGAUGACAGUGGAGUUGUUUGGAAUGAUGGGUCUAAUCGGCAUCAAACUCAGUGCUGUUCCUGUAGUGAUCCUCAUCGCCUCGGUCGGCAUCGGGGUGGAGUUCACUGUUCACGUAGCACUGGCUUUCCUCACCGCCAUUGGUGACCGCAACAAACGCGCCAUCUUGGCCCUGGAGCACAUGUUCGCCCCGGUGCUGGACGGCGCCUUCUCCACUCUGCUGGGCGUCCUCAUGCUGGCCGGCUCCGAGUUCGACUUCAUCGUCAGAUACUUCUUUGCUGUGCUCGCCAUCUUAACGGUGUUGGGGGUCCUCAACGGGUUGGUGCUGCUUCCAGUGCUCUUGUCUUAUUUCGGGCCCUACCCAGAGGUCUCCCCCGUGGAUGGCCGUAGCCAGCUGCCCACUCCCUCACCAGAGCCCCCGCCACAGGUGGUGCGCUUCUCCGUGCGGCCGCGCCACACCACCACGGGCACCGGCUCCGACUCGUCGGACUCCGAGUACGGCUCCAACACCACCGUGUCCGGCAUCAGCCAGGAGCUGCAGCAGUACGACCUCCGGGCCAGCAGGGGGAAGCAGCCCACGCACCAAGUGGACCUGCCUGCCUUCCCAGUGGCCUCGGCGGUGCACUCUGACCCUCGGCCGCCUCACAUCCACUCGUCCCCUCCUCAGGAAGCCGCUCCGCCUCAGCUGGCCCGUCGCUACAGCAGCAGAGAGCCCAAGAGGGAGCAGAGUGGCCACCAGCCCGCCCCGCCCCGCCCCUCCCCCGCCACGCCACGGGCCGCCAAAACCGCUACUGACCCCAGUGCCGGGGGGGGCCAGCAGCCGCACCACCACCGAUCGCGGGCGCACCACCAGUACCAGGCGCCCCCCCACCACUCCCAUCCGCACCCCCACUCCUCCAACCCCGCUUACGGCCAGCCCAUCACCACGGUGACGGCCUCGGCGUCGGUCACCGUGGCCGUGCACAGCCCAAGCUACCCCCAACCCUUCACCCUGAGCGACAGCUACCCCCACCAGCCCUUCCAGGAGGCGUACUCAGACAGCAGCAGCAGCAGCGGUAGCGGCAGCCGCCACGGCAGCCCGUCCUUCCAGGACCCCCACGUGCCCUCACGAGACUCCUACCGCCACCGCAGGUCCCACCUGGAGGGCAUGGAGCUUCAGGACAUGGAGUACGACGCCCCCAGUGGUCGGCAUCGGAAAUCCUCCAGCUGAGGGUUAGAAAGACUAAGCACAAUGGCCAAAGAUGGGACCUACCCCACAGCUCCUGCGCCAGUCUUCAGGGGAGGGGAACACUUGGACCAGCAGCACUUCAUUGGUGCUUCACCGUUACUGUAUAACCUAGUGUACAAUUAUGUUUUUUAUUUUGUUUUAUUUUGUUUUUCGUUAGAUAUUUCUAUAAGUAUUUAAAGAAUGUGUACACAUAUGUAAAUAUAUAAAAAAAAGUAGCUAUAAUGUUUGUUUAUUUGUUUGUGUCGGUGGGGUGUUUUCUGACACCUCGUUCUGAGUUUUCGAAACGGUCUGAGGGGACAUCAGGGGUGCCGUUUCCGUGUGUGUGAUCCUGUCGUUACUGUUCACUCGUCUCAUGUCUGUGCCAUGAGGAAGCUUCACCCUAGACGGACAACUUCAGCAGAAAACAGUUGCUGCUUAAUAACAUUGUAUAAUGUACAUGUAUAAUUCUAUGCAAUUAUUUUCAUUUGUAAUAUAGAAGUGUGUGUGUGUGUGUGUGUGUGUGUGUGUGUGUGUGUGUGUGUGUGUGUGUGUGUGUGUCUUUGGAGCCUGUAUAAGUGUAUCUUUCUUGAGGUCGCUCUUUACUCGAUCUUGUCUUACAAAAAAAAAAAUAUGCUAGCAAUGACGGUAAGCUAAUAUCAGUUUUUGAAAAUUUGGCCAUGCAAAAUUCAACUUUAGCUUAAUGGGCAUCUUGUUUUCAGAAGACGGCAUGGGCAGUCCCCUGCAGCUGUCUGUCAAGGGCACUUCCAAAACAUACAGUACUGUUUCUGUUUCCAUUGUGAGUCUGGUCACUCUGUUUUUUACCUUUUCAAUGGGACUCAGACUGACCAUAACCUUCCUAGGUGCUAAAGUCACUCACAGUACAAGAUACAGAUAGUUAGAUAUAUAUGAGUCGUAGCCACAUCCUUUAUACUGUGACAGGUGGGAUCAGCUCAGCGGAUGAGGAAACAGCCCUUUUCUCUGACUUAGUAGGCCAUUUUACAGUGCCGUAUAUUGUACGAAACAAGAACAUUUGACUGGAGGCAGCCAUACUGUCCUCAAUCAUUCUUGCAGCUGCCUGGUGACUAGCUGUUGGUAGGGACUAAAGGAAGCCGACUGCACUGCAAGCUGAGAACAUUCUCAAGGGAAAAAUGGCAGAUAUAAUUGAGAAAAGCAUUUACUAUUUCAGCAAGUGAUUUAUUAUCAUUUUUUUUUCUAUUAUAGUGGUGGUACUAUGACAAGUUCUGUUGAGCUAUUCUUCAAAUUUGUAUGGCCUUAUGUUGAAUAAUAAUGGUGCUAGUGUAUGGUCAUGUAAACAAGAGGGAGUCUUCAAAAGGCCUGCACUGUGUGUGUGUGUGUGUGUGUGUGUGUGUGAAUGACUAUGUUUGUUUUGUGUGAUUGCCUGUGUGUGCAUUUGAAGGUGCACAGACAUGUCUAUUGAAAUGUUUUAUCACAAAUCUGUGGUAGUAUAAAAAAAAUACUGUUUAACUUUGAAACACGCUAUGCGUGCAAAUUAUGAUUAUGAGUCAUACAUAGAAACAUGUUUUUUUUUUUUUUUCCUUUGCUCAUUGUUUUCUUUUUUGGUUUCAGUUUGGUUUCGUUUGCCUUUCGUGACAACAGUAGCUCUGUAGUUAGUAGGCCAUAACCCUCGGAACUUCGCUCUGACUCCAUGUGCUCAUCGGGGCAUGUUUCACUGUAUCAGGCCAUUUAGUGUUGACCUUGCUGACCUUUGCUUCACAUGUACGUACCUAUGAAAGGUGGCGGAGGGUGAAGGACAACACAACUGUAACUCUGUGCCAUCAUACCUAUGUUGACAUUUCCUGUUUUGGAAUAUUGACCAGUAUUGUAUAGCUACAUGCUCGGUGCAAUACACGUCUUUUUUUUUGUCAUUACUCAGAUUUUGAAGGUGUUAAGCUAAACCAGUACCUACCGUAAUAAUCAACCAGGAACGCAAUAAGUGAAAGCGAACUAUCUGCGAUAAGCUCACUGUAUGUCUUGAGUCUAUAAGCUACACAACUGGCAUUGCAAAGGUUCUGCACUAAAUGGCCUUUCUGACCUCUUCAAUGACAAGAACCCCAACCACUGGCCCCGCAGUUUAAGCACACGGUCUUACUUGACCUCACCUCAUAAAACGUCCAGCGCGUACGAACACGGCACUAAUUGGAAGUCCACCACCUCCCCUUGCGCCAUCCGGAGGCAAAUGGUGUUUGUAAAAGCUUGUGGGGUCAGGGUUUUAGUCGUUCAUUUUCUGCCAGUUUGCCUCAGUCAUCCUUUCAUCCUUCACUUCCCCUCCAUUUGUCCUCUUGUAAAACAAAUGUAGAACUCUGUUCCAUUUGUAGUGGUCUUCCGUCUUGUGUUGCGCAUAUAAAUUCCUCGUAUCAUUCUCUUGUCUUGUCAGUCAUUUCAGUGACCAUAUCUUUUUUUUUUUUUUAAACAUAUCUUUCUUUUCCUUAUUCUUCUGAUGGAACAUUGGCAGAGAAUAGACACAAAACAUGGCUGGCAACUAUUGUAUUUUUUAAAUAUUUUAUUAUUUUUUUACAUUUGGUUUUGCAAUAUUUAUAUUUUUGUAUUAUACUUUUUUGUUUUGUUUUGUGUUGUUUUUUUCAGUUAUGGUCAAAAUGCCAGUUGGUGACAAAUGCAGGGAUUUUUAUGUUGAAAAACACUAUUACAGUUUUUGUUUUUACAUUAAUGGAUUUUGAUCUGUAUAAAGUGCUUACUAAUGUUAAAUAGGAAAAAAGAGUAUAUAACAUUUUACAUCAUCGAUUUGUCAUAGCUCUUAGAGGACUUUUUUAAAAAAAAAGGAUAAAUAAUCAAUGGUUUUACAGACUGCCAUUUUCCUCACUCGGAGUGGAUGUAUGUUGUUUCGGUUACAAAGAUAAAUGUAUGCCAUAUAAUUUAUUUAUAUGAAAAUUUAUUUUUGUAGUGUACAUAGUAGUUGUCAAGUUAUUUGACAAAAGUAUAUUUUUAAAGAGUUUAUAUGUAAUGCUACCAAUUUUGUGGAAACAUAACAAGAGAAAUACAUUAAGGUACAGGCACACUUUCAUUGCUAACUUGUUCUCAGACAAACUAAAGUCCCCCACAGUAUUACUAUAGGAGAGUGUGAUGCUCUUGCAGCUGGUUUUUUGGUUUGUGAAAGGCUAGCCAUGAAAGUAGAGAAAUCGUACUAGCUCUCUAAAUAAUAAUGUUCAAACACUGAUAGAAUUCUAACAAAUAAAAGAACACUAUAACUUA